AUGGCAGCCACUAGCACGACAACUCCCACCACGGCUGUCGGAGCAGACAGCGCCAACUACAGCGGGCGCACACAUCCCACACACUCGUUGGCGGCUGCCAUCAGCCAUUAUGCGUCAUCACAGCACCCGUCGCUCACCGAGCGGUCACACAUAGAUGGAGCAGCGAAAUCUGCCGCUACAGUAGAUUCGCCGCCGAAUGUCGCAAUAGCAGCAGCAGCGUCAGCCUCCGCCCCAAAUUCCAUACUUUCCACCAUUGGAAACAACUUUUCGCAGCUUUCGCUUCCCUCAAUGCGCAAUGCGGAAACAGCAGCAGCUACAUCGACAACGCCACACGUGUAUGACUCCCUGGCUUAUCAGCAGAGUCAGCCGCGGUACAUGACCAGAUCUGUUGCCCAGAAUGCAGCUCGGAGGAAACAGGAGCAACUGAAACUCGAAAACAAACAGCAGCUGGGCGAGAUAGCGGCAUUAACACCGAGCGCGAUCCAUGACACAGCGGCAGCAAUGGCAGCUUCCCCCGCCAAUGGCAGAUUUGCGUUCCGCGGCCCUGCUCAUGCAGGUAUGGCGGAUGCCGUUGCGGCUGGCCAGAGCAACCCCUAUUACAUGGUCGACUACCGCAGCCAGUUUCAGCAGCAGCACCAACAGCAACAGCAACAGCAACAGCAGCAACAGCAGACUCUGGCUACGGGUGGACCGUGGUCGUCGGCCGCGCUUUACCACGCAGCUCGGGCAGUCGCUGCAGCCGAUGCAAGCACAGUCGCAGCCAGCCAGCUUAACGUGCCCACUCUUGCAUCUUCUUUUGCAGCGGCAGCCCAGCAGACGCAGAAUGCAGAACAGCAGCUGGUGCCAGCACCCAAGCGGAGGAAAAACGCAGCAGCAGCACUGGUGGUGGCAUCGGCAGCAGGCCCCGCACCCGCCGCCAAGCCCGCCGUGCAGAGGGCGCCGCGCGGGCGCGCUACAACUCAACGUACUCGUCAACAGCAGCAGCUUGGUGAGAGUUUUGGUUUAUUUGGGCAUUCAUGGUUCUAG